GUAGAAAGCAGGCCUGGCAAGGAGAGGCCACUGGGACUUCAGUGUCUCCUCCAUCCCAGGAGUGCGGUGGCCACUAUGGGGUCUGGGCUGCCCCUUGUCCUCCUCUUGACCCUCCUUGGCAGCUCACAUGGAACAGGGCCAGGUAUGAUUUUGCAACUGAAGCUGAAGGAGUCUUUUCUGACGAAUUCCUCCUAUGAGUCCAGCUUCUUGGAAUUGCUUGAAAAGCUCUGCCUCCUCCUCCAUCUCCCUUCAGGGACCAGCGUCACCCUCCACCAUGCAAGAUCUCAACACCAUGUUGUCUGCAACACAUGAGAGCCAUUGAAGCCUGUGUCCUUCUUGGCCCGGGCUUUUGGGCUGGGGGUGCAGGGGGUGGGCCCUGACCCUUUCAGCUGCCCCCACCCUCCUGAGUGGCAAUAAAUAAAAUUCAGUGUAUGCUGAAUUCAAUAA